ACAAAACAUGUAGGUCUUGCGGAUUGUAAAAGCAUUCAGCACUCUCGCCAUAGCUUCAGUAUGAAAAUCAUCGAAAAAGUGUAAAGUUGCUUCAUCAUUUCUUCGCCAUUUUUCUCAGUGGAUAGAAUUUAAAAUUCAUUUUAGGGAUCAAAAUGAUCCGUUUCAGAGGAUAUUCCCUAGCUCAAAAAUUAUCUCAAAGUGUUGUGUUGUCGAGAUUUUCGUCCACUAGCGCUUCGUACGAAAGGAAAAAUCAUAUCCUACCUUACAGUGCAGAUGUCGUUAUAAUUGGUGGUGGUUCUGCUGGAUGUCAUGCCCUAUAUCACUUGACAAAGCGCGGCAUUAAGGCUGUCUUAGUUGAGAGGAGCAAAAUAACAUCUGGAACAACAUGGCAUACGGCUGGUCUUGUCUGGCGCCUAAGACCAAAUGAUGUAGAAAUUCAGUUGCUGGCCAGUUCGAGAAAUUUAUUUUUGAGCUUAGAAUCUGAGACUGGUCUCGAUCCAGGGUUCAUUAUGAAUGGUGGUAUUUUCAUAGCACACAACGAUGUCCGAAUGGACGAAUAUCGACGCUUGGCAACAAUUGGAAAAUGUUUAAAUGUUGAAAGUCAUCUUCUAAGUCCCCAAGAGACAAAGAAACUCUUCCCACUGCUCGACGACAAAUCCUUCACAGGGUCUCUUUAUUCGCCCGGUGAUGGUGUUAUAGAUCCCGCAAUGCUUUGUACAGCACUAACGAGACAGGCCGUAAAGAAUGGCGGAAAGGUGUUUGAGGAGUGUCCAGUAUUGGAACUAGAAGUUGGCCAAGGAUUCCUAGGACCUAAAGAUAUCCGUGGUGUAGUUACUCCAUACGGAACCAUAAAGACGAAUACUGUAAUCAAUGCUACAGGUGUUUGGGCAAGGGAUAUUAUUGAAAAGCAUGGAGUUACCCUACCCCUAAUACCUAUGCGCCACGCCUACAUUGUAAGUGAACCCAUGGAUGGUGUAAAGGGUUCGCCUAAUAUUAGAGAUCAUGACUUCUCAGUAUACUUCCGUAUACAAGGAGAAUCUAUCUGCUUAGGCGGCUACGAAAAUUGUCCUGUGCUCAUGGAGAAAGUCCCACCAGACUUUCAAUUUGGCCUCUACGAUCUCGACUGGACGGUAUUUGAGUCAAACUACCAAGGGGCAGCAACAUUGUGUCCACCCUUUGAAUCUGCCGGUAUUAAGAGCACCAUCUGUGGACCUGAGUCCUUCACACCCGAUCACAAACCCUUAAUGGGCUGGGAUCCCAGGCUCGAUGGACUCUUCCACUCAUGUGGCUACAACUCCGCUGGAAUGAUGCUUGGUGGAGGAUGUGGGGAACAAGUAGCCGAAUGGGUUAUCAAUGGAAGUCCUAGCCUACACAUGUUCGCCUACGAUGUCACCCGUUUUCUCCCCAAACAGACCCGUGAUCACAAUUGGGCAACGGAAAGAAGUCAUGAGAGUUACGUGAAAAAUUAUGCAGUCGUCUUCCCCUACGAUCAACCCGUAGCUGGACGAAACUUCUUGCAGGAUCCCUUCCACCGGCAAAUGAUCCAGUAUUUUGCAGUAAUGGAGGAAAAGCAGGGUUGGGAACGGCCAGGGUACUUCCUAACGGACUGUUUUGCUAAAGUCCCACCAUAUGACUGGUACGGAAGCUACGGGCACAAAAAAGCACCUGAUUCCUCAUACGAAGAUCAACUCAAGAAGGAUCUAACUUUUGGAUUUUCAGAAAAUCACGAUUUGAUCGGAGAAGAAGCCACAGCGUGCAGAAACAAUGUCGUGGUCUUCAAUCUUAGCUACUUCUGCAAAGUCUAUCUCACCGGACGUGAUGCUGCUAAGGCUGCAGAGUACAUUUUCACAGGGGAUACCGCCAAACCCAUUAACAAAACUAUCUACACGUGCGCUCUCAACAAUCGCGGCGGUGUGGAAGCCGAUGUCACUGUGAGUGUCAUCGAUACGGGCAUCGGAGAGCCUCAUGCACCCAUUCUCAAACGUCCUGGAUACUACAUUGUAGCUGGUGGUGCUUCUGCAUAUCACACAGUGAGUCAUCUUAAGUAUGCCCUCCUGGACAAAGCUUUUCGAGCACAAAUAACGGACGUUACGCAAGAUCUAGGAGUUUUGUCUCUUCAGGGAAGAAACAGUCGAGAAAUUCUGGAAAAGCUCACAGAUUACGACUUAAGCAACGACAAUCUUCCGCCAAAUAGCACAGCCAUCGUAAAACUGAGAUUACCAUCCGGAGAAUACCAAAAUGUUCGAGUGGUACGUGUUAGUUUUGUCGGUGAAUUGGGCUACGAAUUACAUAUCCCGAAAGCAUUUUGUGAACAAGUUUUCAAUGCUGUGAUGGAUGCUGGAGCUCCUAUGGGUCUCAGGAAUGCCGGCUAUCGAUCUCUGUAUUCGCUGAGCAGUGAAAAAGGAUAUCAUUUGUGGGGUUUUGAUCUGCGAUCCGAUGAUACACCCAUUGAAGCCAAUUUGGGAUUUACAUGCAGAAAAACUGGCGAGUACAAAGGCAAAGCCGUAAUUGAUAAACAACGUGCUGAGGGAAUUUACAAGAAAUUGGCAUUUUUCACCGUUGAAGAACAAAUUCCAAUUUGGGGACUUGAGACAAUUUACCGAGAUGGCGAAAUUGUGGGACAUUUGCGCCGCGGAGAAUAUGGAUACACUCUGCAAAAGCCCAUUGGCCAGGGAUAUGUCCGGAAGCCAAAUGGUGAGAAGAUGGAUGAUGAUUUUCUCAAGACUGGAAAUUAUGAAAUUGAAAUAAUGGGCCGACUCUACAAAGCCACAUGUCACUUGAGGAGUCCAUUUGAUAAGAAAAACGCCAGAAUUCAGGGCAAUUACAAUUAAUUUGAACAAUAAAAAUAUAGCCAUCGUAUUAAACACAAAUAAAGGCAAUUUAAUCUUCUUCAAAAUAAAACUGUGCAAAAAAUACACUCACCCAGCUACAUAAAAUCUUUCUCGGUCCUGAUAAAUGAUGCCUUGCUAAAAAUAUCCUCAACUGUUCGCUUGAUAACCGAUUUAUCUGAGGAAAGAAAAGAAAGACAAAAAAAUCUUUAAAAACAACGCAACGUAAUUAAAGACAAUAGUUUAUUUUAAGUAAAAAAAAAUAUAACUUUAUUACAAUGAAAAACGAAAAAAAUCUAAUAAAGCAAUUUUUUCAUGUCAUUUUAAAUAAAAACUGGGUAUUUUUCAUAAAGUUUAAAUUAAAAAGAAUGAUUAUUACACUUUGAAAACUUGACAUUUUAUUGUAAAAUUUAAACUAAGGACACAAUUGUUUAAUAAAUAUAUAAUGCAACAUA